GUUAAUACUUCACUUUUGUUCAACAAUUAAUUAAUUAAUUGAGCUCAAGAAUUUUAAAACAGUACUGGUUAAGUCUUUAUAGUAAUUACUUUCUGGCUUGAAAAGGCCAUCAUGAUCGAUCAUGUUCUAAAGGAUAUAAAGACAAUGGCGUGCUAUCUAGUAGUAUAGUAAAGUUAAAGUUCAAUAUUAUAGUUUAUUAAUUAACUCCAAACACUUACUUUUUUCUGUAACAGUAAAAUUUGUAUAGCCCCAAAGUCCUACGUAGGAUCUCUGUAGUCCAGGUCUCUUUCUAUUUACAUUUUCACACCUUGAAAAGGAGCACUAUUGAACAGGAGCAGUUAAAUAAUUUGGAAGAUGGAGGUACAAUGGAUAAAAAAGGUCUACACACCCCUGUAAAAAUGGCAAGUUUCUGUGAUGUAAAAAAAUAAGGUUAAGAUAAAUCAUUUGGUGGAGGGAAUUAUGAUUCCAAAUACCAGUCAAUGUUGGCACAAUACCUUCAGACGUCUGCUAGAAAGCUGAAGAUGAAUAGGAACUUCAUCUUUCAGCACAACAAUGACCAAAAACAUAUCCAAUCAACAAGAAAAUUGCUUCACCAGAAGAAGAUUAAAGUUUUGCAAUGGCCCAGACAGAUCUCAGACCUGAAUCCUACUGAAAAUCUGUUGAAGAAAUCCUACUGAAGAUCUGAAGAGGGCUGUGCACAGCAGAUGCCCUCGCAAUCUGACAGAUUUGAAGCAUUUUUGCAAAGAAGAGUGGGCAUAUAUUUCCAGGUCAAGAUGUGCCAUGCUGAUAGACUCAUACCCAAAAAGAGUGCUGUAAUAAAAUCAAAAGGUGCUACAGAAAGGUGUUUAGUUUAAGGUGUGCAUAUUUAUGCAACCACAUUUCAGUUUUUAUUUUUACUCCCCCCUAAAAGAUUUCAGUUUGCUUUUCAAUCGAGUUAAAGGUCACAUUUAAGGUGGAAAAAGUCCUGAAAUGAUUAAUCUUAGUCUCAUUUUUAUACAUCACAGACACCUGACAUUUUAAAAGGGGUGGGUAGACUUUUUACAUCCACUGUGUAUAAGUAGAGAUGGGAUUAUAUCAUACCAACUCCUCUAUUUGUACCAGAGGGUUGCAUGGUUAUAAAAAGUUGUAACAAAAUUGUAUGUUUUUAAACAUAUAUGGCCAUUUAUUUAUGCAACUUGCUUUGGGAACAAGGGCAUUGUCAUGUUGGAACAUUGAACUUGUUAGUCUCAGUAAAGGAAAACCUUAAAGUUAUGUAAAAGACAUUCUAGACAAUUGGUAUGCUUCCAAUAGUGUGGGAAAGACCUGCAUUUCAAUGUGAUGGUCAGAUAUCCAAGUUACACUGUAUGGCCAGAAUUAUGUGAUCAUGACAUCAAGAAAAUCUCAAUUGUCCAUUGUUUUUCAAUUUUAAAAUUAAUUAUUGCAGCAAGUGUUGUCUUGACCACCCUGCAAGAUGUUCGCCAUGAUUAUAUUCUGAUUAAAACGCCAAUGAUAUGGGACGAUGCAAAACUUUACUGCGAGACAAACUAUGAAACUUUAGCUAUGGUGCAGACAGCUGAUGACUGGAAAAGGUUGACCACUGAGGCAGAAAGACAUGGUCUGACAGUAACUGGCUGGAUGGGACUGUACAAUCAACCAGACGACUGGACCUGGACCUGGUAUUUGCCAGAUCCAAGUAUAAAUAUAUCAAACUGGGCCACUGGACAACCUGAUAAUUUAGGUGGGAAUGAAACAUGUACUGCAAUGGAGUUAGAUGGCUUCUGGUCGGAUUAUACCUGCUCAGAACUGAAACCCUUCAUAUGUUAUGAUGCUAUCAUAGGAGGGCUUGUUGGUAUCCCUUCGCCCCCAUUGAACUGGGUGGGAAGUCGGCGUUACUGCUUGAACAAUCACAGAGAUUUGGCCAGCCCAAGAAAUUUGACACAGAAUAAUAUGCUCCAACAGUUUGUGUUAUCCCAGGGCACUUCUUGGAUUGGCAUAUAUAGGUCUUCUUGGAUUUGGAUAAGUGGGGUCAGUCCAAUUGGACUUCCGUGGCGUCCUGGCUAUCCAAAUAAUGCUGAACUAAACAACAACUGUGGUUUUCUUAAUAACAGCCUGUUUGAGGAUAAACUAUGCAGCAACAAAUACUAUUUCUUCUGUCAGAUACCGUAUACAGUGAGACAGCAGGUAAUGAAACUGAAGUUUCAAGGAGACGAUAGUGUGUUUGAUCCUGCUUCUCAGGCAGCCAUUUUACAGCAGAUCAAGCAGAAACUGAAGGCCCUCGGCAUAGAGAGGGAGACAAAUGUGACCUGGAGGGUGCAGCCAGAUAGAACAAUCUUUCACAAAAAACGCAAAACCGAACUGUAAACAAAAAUGACACUUCUAAGACUAUAACUUUUAAAUUCUUUAUCAGGUUCUGUUGUGGUGUCACAGAAAAAAAAAAUUCAAUUCAAUUUUAUGUAACUUAAGUUACUAAGUUGCCUAGAAUCUUUCAUUUCUAUUAACAAGCUUGGCCUGGAUGUUGUGGCUGAACUAAAAGAGAUUUUUUGGUCAGAUUAGGGGCAUCUUUGUACAAUAUCUAGUACAAGUCUGGUUUUAUGUUGUUGUUUUUUUAAAUAUUAAUAUAUUGAUACUAUCCUUGUGCUACAUUGAAUGAGUUGUUAUUAGAAAUGUCCUUUUUUUGGUUUUGAAUUAAAUUUGCACAGUAUAGUAAUUUGCUGAAGUAGACUAGACAACACAAAAAAAGGGAUUACCCCAAAAGUAGUAAUUAACUAGAUUCUUUAUUAGCAUUUUAAAAAAGUAAGGAAUAAGUCACUUCACAUUACAAGGGUGCUCUGAUGGUGAAUACUUUUUACUUGUCAUGGUAUGCCAAAUCAAUAUAUGAUAUCUGUUAUCAUUUUUUAAAGCAGUUUCUCUAAUAAAAUAACUGAACCCUUGAACUGCCACUAUAUU